AUGGAUAGUUUUAUGGUUGUUUUUUACUCAAAGGGUCGUUUCGUAAAAGACCCUAAGAUACGAUAUGAGGGAGGGGAUGUUUAUGCUUUUAAUGGUCAAGACCCUGAUUAUUGGUCUUUUUUUGAAGCACGUGACCUAAUUAAGUUGAUUGAACCUGAGUUUGAUAUAGUUAGUGUUAAGAUGUGGUGGAAACAUGAAGAAGGAUCAUUUGAACACGACUUAAAACCUUUUAAGGAUGAUGGUGAUGCCUCUGAGUUAGCCAUGUAUGUUAUAGGAAAUAAGUCUGAUAUUGAGAUAUUUUGUGAGCCUAAAUUUGUAGGAGAGGAUACCUUUAUGGAUAGGUUUAGAGAAAGGGGAAAGGGAACCAAAUGUGAUGAAGAUGUUAACAGGUUGGUUGAAGACAAUGAUGAUUCUAGUGAUGAAUUUGUUAGAAUAGUUCACUUUGAUGAUAGUGAGGAGGAGAGGAUGAAAGGGUUUGUUGAAGGCCUUGAUGAAGUGUUUGAUAAUGCAGCUAAAGUAGAACAAAAAAUGAAGUUGCUGCAAAUGAAGAGGGUAUUGCUCAUCUAG